AUGUGCACCGCGUGCGAUUGCAGCCCGGCCGCCGGCUUCCAUUUGAUCCCCGAGGAGCUGCUUGCCGAGGUCUUGCGCCACCUUCCAGCCCGCUCGCUAGCCCUCUGCGCCAACGUGAGCCGCGCCUGGGAGGCGGUGCUGGGCGUGGCAAUUCAGACGCGGGCGGAGUUGCUCGGACUGGUGCUGCCCAGGGUGCAAACGGGCUGGCCUCAGCCGUUCCGCCUUCUCGUGGCUGAGGACCCGGCGGCUGCUUGGCGCGGCGUUAAGUGCUCCGCCGCGCUCGCCUCUGCCGCGUCGCCGGGCGAUUGCCUUGCGCUGCACGAGGACGGUGAGCACCUAAUCUCUGUUGGUGCUGAUCAUGACGCGCGAGUCGUGAGCGUCUUCUCUCUCGAAAGAAACACUUUGCUGGGGGCGCUGCGGGGACACGUGGAGGCGGUGUGCUGCGUCGCCGUGGAGGGCGACGUGGUGGCGGCCGGCGCUGAGGAUGGAACCAUCCGACUCUGGCAGCUCGCGGCAAGGGGCUCGGACAUCAAUCCCCGGCCGAUGGCGACACUCCACGGACACACUGGCGCCUUGGCAGGCCUGACGAUGUGGGAGGGCUGCCUCGCCAGCGGAGGGGCCGACGACAGGAGCGUCAGAACGUGGUCAAUCGCGGAGGGCUGGCGAUGCACGUCCACGCGCCUCGGACACACGCACGCGGUCACGAGCGUCUCGUGCGGUGGCCGCAGCACCACCGGGCAGCGGCUCCUCAUCAGCGGAAGCACGGACCGCACGGCGCGAGUGUGGGAGCUCACACACGCCGAGCCGAACAGCGCGCGAACGCUUCGACAUCUCAGCUACGUGCUCUCGGUGAGCGCGGUGGGUAACACUCUCGCUUGUGCUUGCGUGGACUCCAUCGUGGUCUGGAGCCUUUGCGAGUUCGAGCGCCUUUACAAGGUGGAGCACGGCAACGUCUGCUCCUGCGUCCGGCUCUCUCGGGCGGAUCGUGCGCCGGGCGGCCUGCUGCUCCUCAGCGGCGGCCACGACCGGAAGGCCAAGCUGUGGACGCUGGAGCGCCCCGGCGGGACCAUCAUUGCAACACUCGAGGGGCACGCAGGCUCGGUACGCGGGCUCGCAAUCUCGGCCGCCGGGGUCGCAGCCUCGUGCGGCAUUGGCGGUGGAGGCCAGCUCUUCGUUUGGCAUGCGUGUGGCAAGGGAGGGUGCAGCCCAACCGACGACGCGGCGGGGCCGGGGCGUAUACGUGAGGACGCGCAUACGUGA